CAACACUACGGGGUUAUUUUUGACAAUAGAGCGGCAUUUGUUUGUUUAUUACACUGCAUAUUAACAAAAUAAAAUUUUUAUUAAAAUAAAAAAUUCAUAAUGUACAAUGGUGAAUGCAGUAUACUUAUAAAAGAUAUUAAACCUGGAUUAAAAAACAUCAAUGUUAUUUUCAUAGUAUUAGAAAUUGGAACCGCCACUGUAACUAAAGAAAAUAGAGAGGUGCGCAAUUUUAAAGUUGGUGACCAUUCUGCUUGCAUAAAUGUGUCCAUUUGGGAUGAACCGGGCAAACUUAUAGCACCCGGUGAUAUCAUCAAAUUAACGAAGGGAUAUGCAUCAAUUUGGCGCCACUGCUUGACACUAUAUUCUGGAAAAAAUGGAGAAGUUUAUAAAAUUGGAGAAUUUUGUAUGACUUUUAACGAACAAAUAAAUAUGAGUGAACCCAAACGACCUGAGCAGCAGCAACAACAGUCACAGGGUCUAGGAGGUAUUGUUGGGAAUCCUCAGUUAUUGCCAAAUACAGGUGUCGCCACGGGUCCAACUGUUGGACCAAAUACUACUAGUGUCGUAGCUCCUACGCAACAAGUGUCUCAAGCUGGCAGUAAUGGUAGUAUUGGAACUUCGAGUCAAGUAGGACAAAGGUUGAUUGGAACUUCUUUAGGAGGGGGCAUUCCACAGCCAGGGAGUACAACUACUGCGAAAGCAGGUAACAUUCAGCAAAUAGGACAAACACCUCAAAAACAACAGCUUACUAGUGGAUUAAGUGGUCAAAUGCCUGGUAAUACAAACGUUAGCACUUCAGUGCAACAAACAACACAAGCAGUGACUGUUGCAGGUACUGGACCGCAAUCACAAAGUAGCAAGCCAAACCGAGGCGGGCGCACUGGAGCAACACGUUCUAGCAAUCUUAAGAAUGAACGCAGAUGAAAAAUACUAAUCUAGUUAUAAACGUAUUUUUAACAUCUAAACUUGCAUGCAUAUACAUAAUGAAGAAUAAAGUAAAUAGUUAUUCAAUAAAAUAUAACAAUUUAUUCUUAAAAUUCAA